UGUCAUGGCAAGGGAGCAACGGGAGCCGUUCCGGGAGGACAUGACCUGCAAUAGGGACCACGUCGUGUGCACUUGGGUCACUCCUGGGCAGAUGCUGCCGGGCAAUGCUCGUGGGUCGAGCAGACUGCGGUGCAAACUCUGCAACAAGGAGUAUUCUGGUAAUCGGAAGCGUGCGUGGGAGCACUUCAUUUUGGCGAGGGCGUCUGCCAGGUGUCCACAUUUGAACUUGUCGAUUUGGAGGAGGCUGCAUGGCAUCGGUGUACAACUGCCACCGGACCUGCAUCAGAGGGUGCAGCGCAUGUUGGAGAUGGAGAAGAGCGACGAGGGGGACACUCCUGUUCAGGGUGGAGGAGAAGGGGGCAAAGGCGGGAUUGUUGAGGAUCCCAGGGAGGCACCGGAUGGGGACACCAUGGAGGUUGACAUCGGCGAGGAUGAGGGGACGAGGGGUGUUGUGACAGUCGGCCUUGCUACUGCAGGGAGGGCCGGUUCCUCGCAGGUUGUGCGACUUGAGGUGUGCGAAAGGGCCGUCGUGCGUAUCGUCACCGGAUACGGUUGGGAGACCAUGUUGUGGCGAGGGAAUAUUAGGGCGAAGGCCUACUUCGUGGAGGAGACAGUUCUUGACAAAGCAUUCUGGGCUGAUGUCAAGAAGCUGACUGCCGUCAUGAAGAGGUUUUAUGAUGUGUUGCGAGAGGUGGACAAAGAUGUCCACUGCUUGUCACGCAUCUAUGAUAUGGCGUGUCGGCUGCCUGGAUUCGUUCGCUCGGCCCCCCUCUCUGCGGACCAGCGAAAUGACCUUCUCAGGGAUGUCGGCAAGAGGACGGACAUGCUGCUCAGCCCCAUCCACGCCGCUGCACGUCUGCUGGAUCCUAUGUUGAGGGUUUUCAGUAACGUCGACCUCAUGGCACAGUUCGUGUAGCGGACCCACCAGGUGUGGUGCUCCGCUAGUGACGGAGAUGGAGAUGGAGGAAGAACGGGGAGCAAGAUAGCACAACGCAGCUCCCCACGCAAGA